GUGGUAACGGGUCCCGGAAAUGACUUCAUCCAGAGGAAAAAUAUGGGUGAAACUAGUGGAAACUGAGUGAGAGUAACGUGAGUCUGACCUGGGAGCCGUGGAUUCAGAUUUAGUACGUUUGAGAGAAGUUGGCAGGCUUUUCAUUCCUGCUAACUAGAACGUGUCAUCCUUACGAACCAACCCACCACGGCGGCACACGUGAAGCCCACUGUGUGUAGAGUUAUUGUUUAUUUGCAAAGAGAAAUGUCCGGAGAUACUUGUUUGACAGCUAUGUGCCCAGCCUCAGGGGCCAAACCUAAGACCUAUAGCUUUAAGGGAGGCUGCCUGGGCAACAAGUAUGUGAGGCUGAACGUAGGAGGCUCCUUAUACUACACCACAGUACAGGUUCUAACAAGACAUGACACCAUGCUGAAAGCCAUGUUUAGUGGUCGUAUGGAGGUCCUCACAGACAAGGAAGGUUGGAUUCUCAUAGAUCGUUGUGGAAAACACUUUGGAAGUAUUUUAAAUUACCUUCGAGAAGAUACCAUUGUUCUUCCAAAGAGUCUGCAUGAGGUCAAGGAGCUGAUGGCAGAGGCCAAAUAUUACCUUAUUCAAGGUUUAGUAGAUAAGUGCCAGGCUGCAUUACAGGAUAAGACUGAUUCCUAUGAGGCUGUUUGCAAUAUCCCCAUUAUCACGUCUCCAAAAGAAGUAGAGAAACUAAUUGAAUCAUCUGCCAAGCCUGUUGUCAAACUUCUAUACAACAGAAGUAACAACAAAUACUCCUACACAAGCAACUCUGACGACAACCUUCUUAAAAACAUUGAACUGUUUGAUAAGCUUUCUCUGCGCUUUAAUGGCCGUGUACUGUUUAUCAAAGACGUAAUUGGCGAUGAGAUCUGUUGCUGGUCCUUCUAUGGCCAAGGAAGAAAGCUUGCUGAAGUGUGUUGCACAUCCAUUGUCUAUGCCACUGAAAAAAAGCAGACAAAGGUUGAAUUCCCAGAAGCACGUAUUUAUGAAGAAACACUAAAUGUCUUGCUAUACGAAACUCCUCGUGUCCCUGAUAACUCUUUAUUGGAGGCCACAAGUCGUACACGCAGUCAGGCAUCCCACAGUGAAGACGAUGAGGCCUUUGAACUCCGUGACAGAGUGCGCCGCAUUCACGUGAAAAGAUAUAGCACGUAUGAAGAUCGACAGUUUGGUCACCAGUCAGCACACAGGGAUUAGCUGUCUGAAGUAGGGGUCAUGACAACGCAGUAAAGAUGCUCUCUUUGCCUAGUAAGAGUCUUAACCGAUGCUCCUAAGGACAUUUUAUCCAUCAGUACAUUUUAUUUAUUAUGCAUGAUAAAAGUCAUUUAUGCAGUUUGCAGCUCAACAUAGUUAUAAAACUAUUUUGGAGUAUUGAGCUGCUUUCUUUUACCAAUAGCAUUUGGCCUGUAAUGUGAAUGGACUUGUUUCCAAGUCAGUAGCAAGGCUUUCCCUAUAGAUUUAUUUCAGCUCCAAUAUGUAACCUAAAUACUGCUGAUUUACAUAAAGGUAAAGCUUGUUUAUUAAUAUCCAUUUCUUGAAAAGUAAAUGAAGGAAUCUUUAAAUACAAUACUACAGAAAUCUUCUCCACAGCAAGACUUUUGCUAGUGGUUUUCAUAGUAAAACGUAUUCGGAUUUACCGGAAUUAGGAUGGUAAUCCCUAUUGACAGGCAUUUUAUCUUGAGAUUUUAUCAUUUUAAAAAUGGUCUUAUAUUAUUACCUGGAUUCCUUUACCAUCUGUAUCAUUAAUAAGGUAUCUAUGCUUAGCACUGCAUCUUAGCCACAGUUGCUUUAGACAUUUCUGAAAAUAUGCACAGUAUGUUGAAAAUAAUCUAGUAGUGCCUUAUUAUAUUAUAAAAGCACAUAACUGUUGCAGUUGUUAGCUGGACAUAUAUGUUGUUAUAGAGGGAAGUGAUAAGAGAACCCUUUACAUUGUAUGGGGUUGUUACUUAAAUCUAAGCAUGUUUUGAUUCUUCAAUAUGAACUGACUUGUACCACACUUAUUGCCACUGUAUGCCUAGGAAGGACUGCAAUGGAACAUCUAUUAAAUGCAUAUAUGAGUAUGACUGGAAUUAUCAGGGCCAAAUACAGUAAAUUAUUAUUUUAAUGAUUGUGUACUACUCAUUUUGUAGUAUUUGACCCUGUAUACUUUGACACUCAGUCUGUGGAUCUCCUAAUAAAGGAGAUUUUUAUUUUUAUAUAUAAUUUUUUUUUAAUGUAAUGUGUGUUUUAUAGAAUGCAUUUUUUUUAUUACUAAAGAAAGUAAGCUUUGUAGUUUUUUUUGUUUUUGUUUUCUCCUUAAGAUAUGUUUCUGCAAUUUGAUAUUAAUUAUAUUCAUAUUAUUUAUUGGAGCAGUAUUUUCAGAUAACACUGCAAAGAAACAGACACUGUGCUGUACUAAAAUAUCUUCCAAUGUAGACAAACAACUCUAAGAUGAAACAUAACCCCCCCCCCCAUAUGUUUAACCACUGCAUUUAAUGUAAAUAUUGUACUCAUCUCUUGGUGUACCUGCUGGCUUAAAACGCCUGUGUAAUAAUUUAACAGUAUAACUGACUUUCGACCACAAACCCAUCUGCUCUAGAGUCUUCUCUUCAUAUAUGUAUAUACUGUGCCCAUUUUUUUUUUUUUUUACUAAAAUGAAUCACUUUUAUAGACAGAACAUUUUAAUUUGGGACUUCACUGAUUUGAUUCAUAAUGAAUAAUGAAACCCAAAAGUAAUGCUUUAACAUUAGGUCAUUGCUUCACUUUCUCUUAGUGCUUGUUUUAGCUGUACCCACUGAAUAUUGCUCAGAAAAUCUCUGUUGCUGUGGGGACUUUUAUUUUUUUGUUUGUUAUGGAGGCGAUGCAUUAUUUAAAAUGUACCAUUUUCAUAUCACAUUAAAUAAAAGCAAGCAGAUGUAGGAAACAAAAAACACUUAAACAUGGGCAAAUUAUCCAUUAAAGAAAUAUAUUUGCGUUAUACAGUUAAAAUAGUUUUUAUUACAGCAACCAAAUUAGUACAGAUAAUACACAGUUUAGAACAAGCCUGAAAACACUGCAUUCAAAAUGUCAGUUCUCAGCCUUUGAGACAUAUUCUGCUCUGCUUAAUAAAGUGCACUGCUGGAUUGUGUAAAGAGUAUUUUUUCUUCUUUUGAUAUUACCUGUGAUCCUUAUCAGAUUAUCUGACACAGGUUUACAAGGCAGAGGCAAAAAAAGAUAGUGAAGAUGGGGGAACUACAGUGCAUGCUAUAUAUGUUUGAUGCAGUGAUUCCACACUCUGAGGGGAUUUAUGAUCAUACAUCUGGCUUCAGCCCCGGGUAAUCCUAGGAUUACCCAAUAUCUGACUACCCACAAAAUAUAUAUAUAUAUAUAUAUAUAUAUAUAUAUAUAUAUCUAUCAUAUUCUGUAAAUUUCACAUUCCUAUAAAUAUAUAUUUGUGCAAAAAUCAAUCAGAUAUAUAUAUAUAUAUAUAUAUAUAUAUAUGUAUUGCUUUAAGAAUAAAUAGAACAUAUUCUGCUACGUGCAGAACAUUGGAUUAUGAAAUAUGCAAUAUUAUCUUCUUAUGCUGCACUUAAUCGCGAUUGUGUUUGCGCGACUUGUAGGUGGGUUUUUUUGUUUGUUUUUUGUGGCUCCAAUGAAGUCUAUAGUGGGAAUGCGAUUUUUACAUUCGCGACUUCUCAAAGUCUAUUUGUUACCGCUACUUUGCGAACACGAGAGUGCAAACCUUUUGCUUUCAACUCAUAACACAAAUAUACCACAAGCAGAAUAACACAAUCUCUCUAAAAAGGUGCACUAUCCUUAAUAUGUCACUGUAAAUGUGCAUAAAUUAAACUUACAUGCACUAUAUAGGCUAUUUUAGGUAUAUGUUUAUUCAACAAAGUAGCUAAGGCUUUUGUGAUACAGCAAUAGACAAACGUUCCACCUACAUCUAUACCAAAUGAAUGCUUUUCUUAUGUCCCUGGUUUGAUAGUAGCAUCAAUACACUGCCAACAUUUUGAAAAUGUCCAUGUGUAGUAGUAAAACAACAUUGCAGUAUACUUUCACUAUUGAUUGUAUCCCCUUUCAUGUAAUUAAUCCCAAAAAAUUGCAGUGCGUUUCCAUUUCUGAGAAUUAGAAAAUCCACCGAUUUUUCAAGGCUAACCCUGCUGCAUUUAUUCUCCCUAAUUUGCUUCAGCAGAUAACUGCAAAACAAUUCAGUGUAUACUAACAUAAUGGCUGUGUCUAGCCCUCAUCCAGGAACAAAUAUCGGCUCAGCAGCUUAUGCUAUGGGAGUUACCACCUGGAAGCAGCCUUGUUUAUUGAAAAACAAUUUUAACAGUUAAUUUGUUUUAAAAUGUUUAUAUUUCACUAUGUUCUUCUAUAAUAAGACUACAUAAGUGUGUGUGUAUGUAUAGACUAUAGAUGUGUGUGUGAAUGAAUGUAUGUGUGUGUGUGUGUGUGUGUGUGUGUAUAUAUAUAUAAUUUUAUAAAAUCUACACACACUAAUCUGUAUAAAUAUGACCGUUUUUUCUUUAUUUCAAAAACACCCCUUUAGAAUGUUUAUAAGUGAUAACAACAUAAUAUAUAAGCUGGUAAACGUUCUCCCCAUUUCCUGCCUUGACCAGCUAUAUCAGUGCAAACACUGCUGCCAUAUAGCUCUCAGGACUCUUUAGUUCCAGAACAGCAAUGAACUACUGGGAUGUAGCUUAAUACAUCUGGUAAGCCAAUGACAAAAGGCAAAUGUGUGUAGUCACUAAUGACCAGCUAUCUCCUUGUAGUGCAUUUCUGCUCCUGAGCCUAUCUAGGUAUGCUCAACAAAGGAUACUGUGAGAACAAAGCAAAUGUAAUAAUGGAAGUACAUUAAAAACUUGUUUAAAAUUCCAGUGUGCCAAAAACACUGCAAUUUAGUUUUUACAAUGGCUGUUCCAUUUCAGUUUCUAUAAAAUAACAUCUACAAAAUGAAAGCUAUCUUUCUAUAUUUUUAUAAAAAAAGAAAGCAAGCCUUAUUUGUAUACUUUCUUUUAGUGGAGGAAAAACAGUAUUAGGAAUUUCAUUUCAUUGUUAACUAUCAUUUCAUUAUUCUGAGUAUAUAAGGAUAUAUUCAUCCUUUUGAAAAGGAAUUCAUUUUUUUUUGGCAUUUUAAUUAACAAAAAUAGAAUCUGUACAUUUAUUGAUUUGACUGGAAAAUAAACACUAACUUUUUAAUGACAAUAAAAUAUUCUUAAUUCAA